UGCGUUACUGUAACACUAACAAACCACCAUGAGUGGCAGAGCUAUUAUCUCCUGUUUCUCUCCUCCUUCAACUCCGUGCUCCCGCAGAACCCUCCUCCGCCACGCAACUCCGCCUCCACCCUUCCCCCUCCUCCUGCUCUCGCGCCGGAGCCACCUCCUUGCCGGGAAGCUGUUGGCAAAUGUCAAGUCCCAGAAGAACGUGUCGGAGUCCAAGAAGUACGAGGAUGUCGUGCUCAAGAAGACGCGCGGUUUCCAUGGCGCCGGAGAGGAACCCAAGUGGUGGCAAGUGUUCCCCAAGAGAUGGGUCAUCGUCAUUCUCUGCUUCUCAGCUUUUCUUCUUUGUAACAUGGAUAGGGUAAAUAUGAGCAUUGCUAUACUUCCUAUGUCUGCAGAAUACAACUGGAACCCCAGUACUGUUGGUUUGAUACAGUCUUCUUUCUUUUGGGGAUACCUCCUCACUCAGAUUGCUGGUGGAAUAUGGGCAGACACAGUAGGAGGAAAGCAGGUAUUGGGGUUUGGCGUGGUUUGGUGGUCCAUUGCAACAAUCAUCACUCCUAUAGCUGCCAAACUUGGAUUGCCUUUCCUGCUAGUUGCUCGUGCAUUCAUGGGGAUUGGUGAGGGUGUUGCUAUGCCAGCCAUGAAUAACAUUCUGUCAAAAUGGGUUCCUGUGUCAGAGAGAAGUAGAUCACUAGCACUGGUCUACAGUGGCAUGUAUCUUGGAUCAGUCACUGGAUUGGCCUUUUCUCCCUUCCUAAUUCAUCAGUUUGGAUGGCCAUCAGUAUUUUACUCCUUUGGUUCUCUAGGGACAGUCUGGUUUUCUGUGUGGCUUAGUAAGGCUCAUGGUUCACCUCUUGAAGAUCCUGAACUGCGGCCUGAAGAAAAGAAGCUCAUUAUUACCAGCUGUUUCUCCAAGGAACCUGUGAAAACAAUACCUUGGAGAUUAAUUUUGUCAAAACCACCAGUCUGGGCACUGAUAGUGUCUCAUUUUUGCCACAACUGGGGAACUUUCAUUCUUCUUACAUGGAUGCCAACAUACUAUAACCAAGUCUUGAAGUUCAAUCUUACAGAAUCUGGGCUAUUUUGUGUUCUACCAUGGUUGAUAAUGGCUCUUUCUGCAAAUUUUGGUGGUUGGAUUGCAGACACUCUUGUGAGCAAGGGUGUAUCAGUUACAAGGGUCCGCAAGAUAAUGCAAACAAUUGGAUUUCUUGGACCUGCUUUCUUUUUAACUCAAUUGAGCCACGUUAAUUCUCCUGGGAUGGCUGUUUUGUGUAUGACGUGCAGUCAGGGGACUGAUGCUUUCUCUCAGUCCGGAUUGUAUUCAAACCAUCAAGAUAUUGCCCCGCGAUAUUCAGGGAUAUUGCUUGGCCUAUCCAAUACUGCCGGAGUAUUGGCUGGUGUCUUUGGAACAGCAGCAACAGGUUACAUUCUGCAACAUGGCUCCUGGGAUGAUGUUUUCAAGGUAUCAGUUGGGUUGUAUUUGGUUGGAACUGUGGUGUGGAAUCUUUUUUCAACUGGUGAAAAGGUCUUGGAAUAACUUACUCUCAUUGAUCAUUGUACUUGUCAUGCCACGUGUAUAUAGAUAAGCCUUGAGUGCUUCCCCACAGAAGAACUACGAGAAGAAAGGGUGGUUUAAUUAGGGAGCAACUCAUUUCACAAAUCACAUAGGCUUUUGUGCCUCACAGAAUGGUAAAUUUUGUGGAUAGAGGAGCAUUGAACAUUGAUCGGAGGGGUGACAAAGUAUCCUUGAAAGAUGAAUUGGCAUAAUUUAGUUCCUGAUGUUUUAUGAAGGGAAAAGGUCUAAGAUUCUGUCUUUUUUCUUCCCAUUUUUGGUGGGAAGAUCAUAGUAGUUGCUUAAUUUAAUAUCAUACUUGUAAAUAUAGUUUCCAUACCAACACAUCAAUUUUGUAACAAUUCAUCAAGAAAAGUGAUUUAUGUAUCAUUCAUCAAGCUUCUUUUGUCUUUCCAA